AUGCUUAUCAAAGUAAAGACAUUAACUGGUAAAGAAAUCGAAAUUGAUAUUGAACCCACCGAUAAAGUGGAAAGAAUAAAGGAAAGAGUAGAGGAAAAAGAAGGAAUUCCACCCCAACAGCAACGAUUAAUUUUUUCGGGGAAACAAAUGAACGACGAAAAAAACAGCACAGGACUACAAAGUUCAAGGGGGUUCUGUACUGCAUUUAGUUCUGGCUUUACGUGGUGGUAAUAAGUAA